AUUAAGAUAAAAUAAGUUGAUGGGAGGUAGUGUAAACUUAUAGUAUUACUUAUUGCAAGGCUUAUUUCAUAAAUUGGUCAUUUGAAUUAAUUCAAAUGCAACGAUAAAGCUUUUCUGUUCAGGACUAGUUAUUAAAUGUAUAUUGAGUCGAACGGAUCGUCGUUAAUUCGUUAAAUAGUAGAACGUAAAGAAGUGUUUAAUUCCAUCGAAAAUGGGAGGCGAGGAAAAUGUAGGUGUUACUACAGGCCAACCAAAUUUAUUUCAGCAAGAUCUGUCAAAAUUGGACGUAACUAAGCUCACAGCAUUGUCAAGAGAGGUUAUAAGUAGACAGGCUACUAUUAAUAUUGGAACCAUUGGACAUGUGGCUCAUGGUAAGUCGACCAUAGUCAAAGCUAUUUCUGGCGUGCAAACUGUACGUUUCAAGAAUGAAUUAGAAAGAAACAUUACUAUAAAACUUGGUUAUGCCAAUGCUAAAAUUUACAAGUGCGACAAUGAAAAGUGCCCAAGGCCAGCAUGCUACAUCUCCGGUGGUUCCAGUAAAGAUGAUUCGUUCCCAUGUCUGCGACCGGUCUGUUCUGGUCGUUUUCAACUCGUUCGUCAUGUGUCCUUCGUCGACUGUCCCGGACACGAUAUUCUUAUGGCUACGAUGUUGAACGGAGCAGCUGUUAUGGAUGCUGCAUUGCUGUUAAUUGCCGGUAACGAAUCUUGUCCGCAACCCCAAACAUCAGAGCACUUGGCUGCUAUUGAAAUUAUGAAACUCAAGCACAUCGUCAUCUUACAAAAUAAGAUAGAUUUGGUUAAGGAAGGACAGGCCAAGGAGCAGUACGAUCAGAUUUUGAAGUUUGUACAGGGCACAGUCGCGGAAGGUGCUCCGGUUAUUCCUAUUUCUGCACAACUUAAGUAUAAUAUUGAAGUUCUGUGCGAGUAUAUUACAAAGAAAAUACCAGUUCCUAUAAGAGAUUUCACUUCGGAGCCACGCUUAAUCGUCAUUAGAUCAUUCGACGUCAAUAAGCCUGGAUGCGAAGUUGAUGAUUUGAAAGGAGGCGUAGCUGGUGGAAGUAUUCUCAAAGGUGUAUUAAAAGUCGGAAUGGAGAUAGAAGUGCGUCCAGGUUUGGUGUCUAAGGAUAGCGAAGGUAAAUUGACCUGCCGUCCAAUAUUUUCGAGAAUUGUGUCAUUAUUUGCCGAGCAAAAUGAACUACAAUUUGCCGUUCCUGGUGGUCUCAUUGGAGUUGGGACAAAAAUUGAGCCAACUUUGUGCAGAGCCGAUCGUUUAGUUGGUCAAAUUUUAGGAGCAGUGGGUGCUUUGCCAAAGAUAUUUAUUGAAUUGGAAAUAUCUUAUUAUCUUUUGAAAAGAUUGUUAGGUGUAAGAACCGAAGGAGAUAAAAAGGGUGCUAAAGUACCUAAAUUAUCCAAAAACGAGGUUCUUUUAGUGAAUAUAGGAUCGCUGAGUACUGGAGGGCGUGUAUUAGCAACUAGGGCUGAUCUUGCAAAAAUCAGCUUAACAAAUCCAGUGUGUACAGAAAUUGAUGAAAAAAUUGCAUUAUCAAGAAGAGUAGAAAAACAUUGGCGUCUUAUUGGAUGGGGUCAGAUUAGAGGCGGUGAAACAAUUGAUCCAGUGUCAGAGCAAAAUUAAUUAUACGAAGAGAACGAAGCAGUGUACAAUUUAUUACGAAUAAAACACUAUGGAAA